GGGUAAUUCACUCAACCCUCAACAAAACACGCAUCGUAGCAACCGAUCCAUUGCUCCGAUACCGAAAGAGAAUUCCUAGUAUAGCAGCCAACGACACUAUUCUACCAUCCGAGGCCGUACGAUUUGGUACGCGAUUUAGCGUCUGGGGAGCCAUGUCACCUCUUCGUCAUGGGACUAUCUACAGAUCGAGGUAAAGUAAAGCAAGACAGCAUCCGGGUGUCCGGCAGCUCCGUGCGUUUGUGUCUGCGUCGCCCACCGGGCCCCCCUUUGACAGAAAGAGUCGAGGGGGGUACAGGUGGCGCGCGGGCACGGCGCUUCGGAGCUGUUGGUCUGAGAUAUACCGGUGAACUUGAUCUGGAUAAUACCAGCGAAAGGAUUUGCUUCUUGGAAACCCCCUAUAACCCUUCAACCUUGAGAAGGGCCAACUGACUCCUGCAGCUCUUCUGCUCGUGAUCCGUAAACAUGUCUACCGAUAAGAUCACGUUCCUCACCAACUGGUAGGCAUUGACCAUGAUUUCAAGUUGGAUGUCCGCGUGGAUCCGUUCCAGGACUGGAGCGGCUGACGCGAGCAUAUCAGGCACGCUACGCCAUACCAUGCGCCGCUUUACCUGGCCCAGGCCAAGGGCUUUUUCAAGGAGGAGGGCAUCAAGGUUGCUCUUCUCGAGCCCAACGACCCGAGCGAUGUCACGGAGAUCAUCGGCACCGGCAAAGUCGACCUUGGUUUCAAGGCCAUGAUUCAUACUCUGGCUGCCAAAGCCCGAAACUUUCCCGUGGUGUCCAUUGGCAGCCUCCUCGACGAGCCCUUCACCGGCGUCGUCUACCUCAAGGACUCGGGCAUCACCACCGACUUCCGCUCCCUCAAGGGCAAGCGCAUCGGCUACGUCGGCGAGUUUGGCAAGAUCCAGAUCGACGAGCUCACCUCGCACUACGGCCUCACCCCGGCCGACUACACCGCCGUGCGCUGCGGCAUGAACGUCUCCAAGGCCAUCAUCAAGGGCGAGAUCGACGCCGGCAUCGGCCUAGAGAACGUCCAGAUGGUCGAGCUCGAGGAGUGGCUGGACAGCCAGGGCCGCCCCAAGUCGGACGUGCAGAUGCUGCGCAUCGACGAGCUCGCCGAGCUCGGGUGCUGCUGCUUCUGCUCCAUCCUGUACAUUGGCAACGAGGGCUUCGUCGCGCAGAACCCGGACAAGGUCCGCGCCUUCAUGCGCGCCGUCAAGAGGGCGACCGACUUCGUGCUCGCCGACCCGCACGCCGCGUGGGCUGAGUACGUCGACUUCAAGCCCGUCAUGGGCACGCAGCUCAACUGGAAGAUCUUUGAGCGCAGCUACGCCUACUUCUCGCAGGACCUCAAGAACGUCAAGCGCGACUGGGACAAGGUCACCAAGUACGGCCAGCGCCUGCAGGUCCUGAGCCCGGACUUUGUGCCCAACUACACCAACGAGUUUCUCGGCUGGACGCUGGACGCCGACUCGGCGGACCCCACGGGCGACCAGAAGCGCAUGGUCGAGCUGCAGAAGGAUGUCGCCUGCUGCGGUGGCUUCCGCCGCUUGCCUCCCGCCGUCAAGGCCUAGACUGGAGUAAGCCGUGGAGCAAAAUACGAACCUCCCUCCAUGUUGGCGUCGAAUAACAAUGGCGCGGUCGCGAGGUCGGAGAAGGGCCGGAGACUCCCAACUACAUUUCUCUCGUUAAGAAGUUUCGCCUUAGCUCAAUAACGCAAGAGCAAACUCAAAUUGAAACAAUUCGCUCUUGAGUCAGUCCGUCUCUACUUGCUAUGCUGUGUACAUGUGGAUUCGAUAUCCGAGGAGAAAUGGUCAUUGAGCGUGAAGCCGAUCGCCACGCAAGUU